AUGACAAGGACGCUGAAGAAGAAUGUCUUCUCCUGUCUUUGCCAAAUUGCCAAGGCAGGGACGACGAAGGACGUCGAAUGGAAGGGUCGCUACGGUGGCCAGAACAGAAACGCCAUCUCACAGAUGGCGAUUCUGCCGACGUCGAACGAGCCCAUGAUCCCAGCGGCCUUGUUCAAGAAGCUCAGCAAGGACAUCUUGGACCGACUGCACAAGGAACGAAGGAGUCCGAACUACAAGGAUGAGCUCCACUCGGGCAGAUCCGAAAAAGAGAAUGACCAGCCGAUCAGUCUUUCUGAGGAAGGCAGCAGAACUCUUCACCAAGCUGCCGAGGAGUACCUGAACUCCAUGCUGGUGCGGGCUUGCAUGGCGACGCUUCACGCCAAACGCAUCACCACAACGGUGGCCGACCUUCGCUUCGUCAUCCAGCUCGACCAGAUGAGCACCGGGCAGGGCAUUUCGGAUCCCUCGCGGCAUCAGGCCUCGCCCCAGAAGUCCCAAGACCCCAUGUCGCAGAUGUUGGACAGUUGUUUGGACAACAUGAAGGAAAGCAUGGCCAAGAGCAUCUUGGGCAAGAAUGCCAAGAAGAAGGACAAGAAGAAGAAAAAGAAAGCGUCCUCCGACUCUGGCUCGAAAGAGGCCUCCGAGGAAGAGUUGCCAGAGCAUGAGGUGGAGCGGCAGCUGGGUAUCAUCUUGGGUUUGAAGGGCAGGGCGCUCAAGCUGAAGUCAGUCCAGAAGUACGAAGACAUGCUGUGUGAUCUUGGGUUGCACUUAUCUUCUGCUGAGCAAGUGUGCUACAUCCUUGCCGAGAGCCACAAGGAUAUCGGGUGUCUCACGGUUCUCGACCUCUGUGAACUCGGAGGUGAACACAAGACACUGGCUCUGAAGCACGAGGCCGCAUGCAAGCUGCCAGCCAGGAAGAGGAAACAAGCCGAUGCACAGGACAGAGAAUCCUUCGAACGAGCUCAGAAGCUCGUUUCAUGGUCGGAUUCUCGUUGGAAGGAUCGCCUCAUGCAGCUCUUCGAGCUUUUGGUUGGGAAGUCACGGAAAACAACCGUGGUGGGCUUCGACACCAUCGCACAGCUCCGCCAAAGCAUCCUUCCCAGGAUCAAGGACAGGGUGAAGUCCGGCGAGGCUGAAUUCAAGACGCAGCUCCUGGAUCUGCUCGCCAAUUUGAAGAACGAUGCAAGGACAGACCUGGGGAAAAUGGAGCAGAAAAUCCUUGAUUCUCUCGAGAACACCAAAGACAUCGCCAAGAAGCCGAGGAAGGAGAAGGACGAGGGCAAGGCUGGGAACUCCGCCGUCUUCGACAAGUAUCGGAAAUCAAAGACUAAGCCCAACCCAGACGACGACAGCACAGACUGUGAGAAAAGCGAGGCCAAUGAUUCCGAGGCGACACAGGUGAUGAAGGGCAAGCCUGCAGCGAACGAAGCAGAGUCCUCGGGCGAGGAAGGGAGUGCUCCCCAGCGGGGUGCUGUGCGUGAUUGCCGACGCCGGCUUUUCGAGGGAGACGAUGAUGAUUUGUUCGCCGGCGGGAAGUUCGGUGAAGCAGCUCUUGAGGAUGGCAAGCCUGGCCAGCCUGAGCCUAAGCCGGGCGACGGAGAGCAGAACAAAGCAAAGAUCGGCAACGACGAGGAGAAAAAGGUGGAGCCGGCACCGGGGGCGCAGGCCCGUGGAAGUCCACCCAUUGUCAAAUCAGCUAUGGUGCCGUAUGUGGAUUCGGAGGCAGGUUUCAAGUCGAAUGCCGCACCUGUCCUGAACACGGCCCCAGAACGUGCCGAAGCUCCCGUGAACCUUGAGCUGAUGGAGAUGUUGUCUGAGGUCGUUUCUGCCCACCUUCCUCGGGAGCAGGACGCUGCUGCUUUCUUCGAUCUCCUAUCUGCCUUGGGCUGCACAGAUCCAGUGAGCCUCCUGUCCAAGCUGGACAACUUUGUCGCUGCGAACCAUGCCAAUUUCUUCAUUGCCACUUCGGCCUCCCGACAGAAAUUCCAGCGGCUGAGCUUCUCCCAAAAGCUGGCCGUUACCAAUUCGAUCAAGACCGUCAUCGACAGCAAGGAUAACUGA